CGUUGCCCCAUCUGCUCCCUGAACAACGUGAAGAGGUUUUCCACAGGUUGAUGGACAAAUCAAACCAGUUACAGCAGGCUGGCACUGUGGAGCAAGCAGAUAAGAGGGAGGGAGGUGCCAGUGAUGGAGAUCCCACUGAUGCAGCAGAGAAGAGAGAGAUAACACAGAGAGUUGAGCAAGAGCAGCCACCACCUAGCAAAAAGACAGCACUGGAAGAUCUCCUUGGUGCAACAUUUGCUAAACCAACAGUCUCUCAGUCUAGAUGUAGGAUAGAAGUAGAGAUUGAAAUGUACAAAAAAGACACUUCUAUUCCCCUCACUAGCUGUCCACUGAAAUGGUGGAAAGAAAAUGCUCAAGCGUACCCACUUCUUUCCUCUCUUUCCAAGGCUUACCUAACAGUUCCAGCAACUUCUGUUCCCAGUGAACGUGUUUUUUCUACAGCAGGGGAUAUUGUGAAUGCUCAAAGAUCCCAGCUUCUGCCAGAAAAUGUAGAUAUGUUGGUUUUUCUGCAAAAAAACCUGUAGGUAAACUAAACAAACCUAGUGUCUAUGUUUGAACUUAUUUGAACAGAAAACCAUUGAACCUUUU